ACAAUCAUUUCUCUCUGGUUUGACUCGGCGGCGACUGAGUUAACUCGGUGGUGGUUAUUGUUACUAGUUUCGUCGUAUGUGUUGUUUGAUUUAGUUGAUGGAUCCGAGUGGGAUGAUGAACGAAGGAGGACCGUUUAAUCUAGCGGAGAUCUGGCAGUUUCCGUUGAACGGAGUUUCAACCGCCGGAGAUUCCUCGAGGAGAAGCUUCGUUGGACCGAAUCAGUUCGGAGAUACCGAUCUAACCACCGCUGCUAACGGUGAUCCAGCGCGUAUGAGUCACGCGUUGUCUCAGGCGGUUAUUGAAGGUAUCUCCGGCGCGUGGAAACGGAGGGAAGAUGACUCUAAGUCGGCGAAGAUCGUCUCCAUAAAUGGCGCGAGUGAAGGUGAGAACAAAAGACAGAAGAUAGAUGAAGUGUGUGAUGGGAAAGCGGAAGCGGAAUCGCUUGGAACAGAGACGGAACAAAAGAAGCUACAAAUCGAACCGACGAAAGAUUAUAUUCAUGUUAGAGCUAGAAGAGGUCAAGCUACUGAUAGUCACAGUUUAGCUGAAAGAGCGAGAAGAGAGAAAAUAAGCGAACGGAUGAAAAUCUUGCAAGAUCUUGUACCGGGAUGUAACAAGGUUAUUGGAAAAGCACUUGUUUUAGAUGAGAUAAUCAACUAUAUACAAUCAUUGCAACGUCAAGUUGAGUUCUUAUCGAUGAAGCUUGAAGCGGUGAACUCAAGAAUGAACCCUGGUAUUGAGGUUUUUCCACCAAAAGAGUUUGGUCAGCAAGCGUUUGAGAAUCCGGAGAUGCAGUUCGGGUCGCAGUCUACGAGGGAAUAUAGUAGAGGAGCAUCACCAGAGUGGUUACAUAUGCAGAUAGGAUCAGGUGGUUUCGAAAGAACGUCUUGAUAAAGAAACAACACUUGAUCAUCAUCUUACUACAAAUAAGAGAAAAUCUCGAGAAGAAAAAGCAUACAUGAUACAUACAUAUGAAUCUCAUUCUCAUUAUAGGUUUAAAUAUAUGGAUGUGAAUAUACACAUCAUAUUGUU